GAAAGCGACGUCGGGGUCAAUGAAAACAAACGGGGAGCCCGGGGGGAAGGAAGGCAGGCGGGGAGGAGGAAGCGCCGGGCGUGGGAGGGAGCAGCCGGGCCGCGGAAGCGCGAGCGGAGAGGCCGGCGGCGGGCGCGUUUCUGCCGCUGCAGCGGGAGCGGCCGCCGAGGCUCACCCGGGGAUGUCUGAGCCCGCGCCUCGCGGCCCCCGAGCUCCACGCGGCGCCCGCCGUCUCAGCCUCUAAGGGCCGCCACGUCCCGGCGGCGCGCGCGGGCUGAGGGCGGCGUCGUGCCGGCUGGGGGCGCCCGGGGACGGGGCUCGGACGGACCGCGAGGGGCUGCCCCAGGCUCCGCGCCUACCCAGCAGCGCGGCCGCGCCGGGCCAGGAGGAUGCGCGGUGCGGGGCUGUGAAGCAUGGAGGGGGUUCUGUACAAGUGGACCAACUAUCUCACAGGUUGGCAGCCUCGUUGGUUUGUUUUAGAUAAUGGAAUCCUAUCCUACUAUGAUUCACAGGAUGAUGUUUGCAAAGGGAGCAAAGGAAGUAUAAAGAUGGCAGUUUGUGAAAUUAAAGUUCAUUCAGCAGACAAUACAAGAAUGGAAUUAAUCAUUCCCGGAGAGCAGCAUUUCUACAUGAAAGCAGUGAAUGCAGCUGAAAGACAGAGGUGGCUGGUUGCCCUGGGGAGCUCCAAAGCAUGUUUGACUGAUACUAGGACUAAAAAAGAAAAAGAAAUAAAUGAAACCAGUGAGUCUCUGAAAACCAAAAUGUCUGAACUUCGCCUCUACUGUGACCUCCUAAUGCAACAAGUUCACACGAUCCAGGAAUUUGUUCACCAUGAUGAGAAUCAUUCCUCUCCCAGCAUAGAGAAUAUGAAUGAAGCCUCUUCUCUGCUUAGUGCCACAUGUAAUACAUUCAUCACAACACUUGAGGAAUGUGUGAAGAUAGCAAAUGCCAAGUUUAAACCUGAGAUGUUUCAACUGCCCCAUCCGGAUCCCUUAGUUUCUCCUGUGUCACCUUCUCCUGUUCAAAUGAUGAAACGUUCUGUUAGCCAUCCUGGUUCUUGUGCUUCGGAGAGGAAUUGCCACCCUGUGAAAGAACCAGUGUCUGCACUUCACCGACUCUCCCAGCGACGCUGGAGAACUUACUCAGAUACAGACUCUUGUAAUGAUAUUCCUCUUGAAGACCCGGAUAAGAAAAGCUUUGACAAUAUGUUAGAAUAUCUAGUUAGACGGUAG